AUGCAUCGGCUGGCUUGCGGAAACAUGCGAUCGACCGUAUUCCCCGCGCUUUGCACGUCCGGCGACGCGCGGCUAGGAUUGCAGAAGACCCGGUCGUCCGUGAUGCGCCCUCCCCCUGCUCGGGUGAGACUGCCCGUAGAUGAAGCGGCAAAGACAUGGUACCAACGCAAGAUUAAGAAUAGGAGCUCCGCAACAUCUCUUUUCGGAAAGGAGGCGCCUGUCAUACCAGCCUUUGUGCUGAAUCUGGAUCGGCGGCCGGACCGACUGCAGAACAUCUCUCGGGCGUUGCACCAGCAGGCGCCGUGGCUCUUUCAGAGGACCUGCCGGGUGUCCGCUCCAAACGGCCUGGCUUUUGGAGAGCACCUGAAGGAGUCGUUGGUUCCCGAUUGGAUCUGGCAUCUCGCGCUGGAGCGCGACCGGAAGCACAUGGCGACAUUGGGAGGUCCCCUCACCAAGGGGGCCGUGGCCCUCAUUGUGGGCCACGCUCGGAUGUGGGAGCACUUGGUGCAGUCCAAGGCCCCUUGGGGGAUCUUCAUGGAGGAUGACCUGAUGUUCUUCCACCCUGGGCUCGAGGCACUCUUUGGGCAGCUGGGGAAUUCCCAGCUUCCCGCGCCCGGGAAAGACUGGGACUACCUUCAAAUCCAAGGGGGCGAUUGUCCCCAGCAGAGCCGCCCGCCACUGCACAUCCUGGCGGGGACCGGCUACAAUACAGGCAUGUACAUCCUCACCAUCGAAGCAGCCAAGCGCGCUAUUCAGGCCCAUUUUCCGAUGGUGAAUGAGCAGUUGGACAAUCCAGAGAACUUUCUGCGCAGCCAAUGUCGCGGGCACAGGGUCUGCCCCGCUGCAGCCCAACAGCACGGAUCCUUGGUCGACAGCGAUGUGCAGAUCCCACCGAAGGCGGCGAUCUUCAAAGAGGAGCCGGUGAUUCCGGACUGCCCAGUGCUGGCGAAAGGCGAGAUGUUGCUACCAGACCUCUUGGCAACGCCUUUAAAGUUGACUUGCAAUUCCAAGCUAGGAUUGCACCAUGCGCGGGCGCCCGGGCAGGAAGGUUUCAACCGCUUCUGCUACAAAGACAGCCCCGAGUGGAAUGAGCUCCUGGCAUUCCUCGAGCUGAAGCCUCCAAACACGGCAUCUGCGGAGCGCAGACAAAAGCGGCUCCGGCGUCUGCGGGCCGAAAAGGAAGAUCUUCUCGCCGCCCUUCGGACGAGCCGGCUACGCGUCAAACAGUUGGAGGCAGCUCGCGUCCUCUUUGCGACGCCGACGGCUGAGGUCGAUGUUGCGGACCUAUCGUUGUCUGCUGCAUCGUCCCCGUCCGAAAGCGGCCAUGUCCAACCGCCGUGCUGCCCAUUGCCAAAGGUGCCUUUGGGGGCCCAGGCCCUCUCGCAGUGUCGCGAGCUCCGUCAGGUCAUGCAGAGCCACCAGGAGACGCUGGAGCAAGAGGGCUUCAUGUGGCAAGCCAUCCUCGACCAGCAGGAGGAUGAUGCCAAGCAAAUCCGCGAGCGGGUUGCAGAGGCCGAAGAGAUGCAUGAUAAGAUGGAGGGUCGGGUGCAGGGCCUCAUGGACCUAAUGGUCGCUCUGCUGUCUCCUGCCUCUGCACCGGAGGGUCAGGAGGAGUUGUUAAACUCGAAGUACCUCGCUAUGGUGGAGGACCUCCACUACAACCAGGACAGAGUCGAAGCGAAAGUGGCGUCGCUUCAUGCGGCUCUGGAGGUGGAACGCUCGGAAAACUGCUGCCGCGCCCUGCAGCUCUGCGACCAGCAGAGGCGGACGACGAGGCUUCACGACGACCUCUGCCGGCUCCAGGGUCAUCUGUUCCGAACUCGUCAGGGGAACCGGAAGCAGGAGCCUCCCAGUGUGGCGCAUCGAACAGGCGAGUUCUUCCUGCCAGAUGCGGCCACGCACGAGCUACCGAAGGAUGGCUACCUGGACGUCUCUGUGAAUGCUCUGCCAAGUGUGGCCACGCCUGCGACCGUGACGCCCGUCACGGAGUGCUCGGCGGGCAUGGAUGCCCAAGAGGAUCCCGAUGGUGGGAAUCCGACGGACACGCAUUUCCUCGACCCGGCGAGUCCCGAGCCUCUAUCGCCGGCUGCACCUGCAGUGACGCCGUUGCUGCCGGACGAGCCCGGAUCACGCGCGGAGCGCGCGCAGAUCGAGGCUGCCCUGCGCGACGUGCUGGAAGAGGUAGGCUUCGACCACCUCGUUGUCCGUUGCAACGGCUUCUACGAGUUCGGGAAGAUGGCUCGGGCCUGCCUUCGGCUCAGCAAUGGCGUCCUCACAGCUUCCGUGGACGGCGUCAUCUACGAGCCCUUCGAGGAAUUCCUCAGCAAGCUCCAGGAGCCCGCGGCGAGCCUUCGAGCUGCGCGGCGCGAGGAUUGCCCAAAGGUCUCUCAGGUCGCUGCACCCCGGGAAGCCGAACCAAGGAAGCCUCCACCCUCGCCGGGUUCCAGCGCUGGUCCUGAGCGAGGCAGUGGCAGAGCGGAGGCUGCGGCGAGUGGCUCCCGAGGAGGUGCGCCUGCGAAGCUCAGCCGAGGAGCCAGUCCCAGUCAAGGCCGACGGCUCAAAGUAGACCGGAGAGGCGCAGCGGCCGCCGAGAAAGCGGCGCCCACAUCUGGUCACGUUCCCUCCUCAUCCAGUCGACCAAGCCAGGUUGCCGGCGCGACAAGGGCUCAGCAGCCACGGCCAAAGACUGGCACGCCUCGCGCUGGCUCGAAGGAGAAUACCAGCAAACCGACGGGCUCCAAUCGUGGAGGUGACCUCCCCUGUUCCAAAGUGGACAAACGAGGGAGCCUGGCUUCCACGCCUCCCCGCGGGAAAGCAGGCAACUCCGCUGCGGGCAGCGAUGGCACUCCGCUCUCGCGCGCCACCAGUUCUGCAGCUGGCAGCGGCAUCGUGAGCACAGGCCCAGGCGGGACUACUUCUGCUGCUGUGCCUGUCCCGUUGCCCUCGCCGGGUUCAGAACUGCGAGGAGAGCUGAGGAGCCCGGGAGGCUACCCAAGCCCGUGCAUCCGCAUGGCCGGGGUUUCGCCACCGCGGGCAAUUGUUGCGGAGGGAACACCGCAAACGGCGCGAGCGUUGACGCCGCAAACUCGGGCAGGUCCCCGAUCGUUUAUCCCGUCGCCGAUGUUGGCAACACCCAGACAGGUGGCCUCUCCUGGCACGGCCGCCUUCCCCCUUGGUCUGCCCUCUGCCCCGGGCUUCGCUUUACCGCAGCCUCUUCGACAAGAAGGCUUGCAGACUAUACCGGUGGCCCAGGUCCCCGGCCUGCAUCCCAGAAUAGUGGUGACUCCGCGACGGCACCGAGAGGGCGUCGCGGCUCCCUUCCCUCCCCAGGAUCCCGCGUCCCAAAGCUGGCGCUCCCCGCCGCAGCUUGUGGCCACAGCACGAGCACCGGGAGCAACGGAGCCGCAUGCGAUCAGGCAUAUCCAGGUUCCUCAGCUCCCUUUCACUUAUGUCAGCCCUCCGGUACCCCGUGGCCGUGCUGCCUCCGCCUCGCCACCGCGCCUGGCUCAGCCAACACUUACGCCAGUCUUGGGCACGAGGUGA